UGACGUUGCCGGACAGCGACGCGAGAGCACAGCGCAAAGCCCGCGGGUGGAACAACUUUCGCUCGAGCGAGCUGCUGCCACAUCUUUUAUUUUUAAUUGAAAUGAUUUCGCUUAUGUCAGUUGGCUGUGGGGAGAUGUGAGAAGACCGCGAGACGCCGUACAACGGGGCUCACCCCCCCCCCCGGGUUUCACCCUCUGUUUUGAGGAAUAUUUUCUAAAAAAAAAAAAACCCGAGGAGCCGCGUGAACACACCCACGGCGGUGACAGACCGCGGCGGGAAAUGUCGUCACUUCCGGUGCAACGAAGUCUUGGCGCGACAUUACAGUUGUAAACAACAGGAGGAGACGUAACGACACGCAAACAAAACUCCUUAAGGAACUGAGCCACAGAGACACUUGGAAGAAUGGACAACAUGGACACCAACGACAGCUCUGGUCUCUUUGUACCUGAUGCCAAUGAGGAUUCUGUGGACAUCUAUGAUGGCCUAGAUAUCACUUUUAGCAGCAAUGCAGAGAAGGCAUCCCCGAUGGCGUCUCAGCUGAAAGAAUCGAUGGAUCUUUAUGAAGAAAUUGUCACAGAGGAACAGCAGAGCAGAGAGACGUCGUACUCUGAGUUGAAGUCCAGACUCCAAGCGGCUCAAAACCAAAUUAAUGAGUUACGCAGGAGAGUGGAGCAGAUGCAGAUGCAGAAUACAGGGUUGAACACUGAGAACUUCCGUCUCAAAAAGAACAUCUCUGCACUUUUACAAACCGCAAGACUAGAGGUGACUCGAAAAGAUGCUGAGAUUCAGAGGUUGAACCAACAAUCAAACAAACGUCACCAUCAUCACCAAUCUCACGUUACUAAUCUGCGGGAUCAAAAAUCUUCCAGUCAGCGCUCCAUGAGUAGGCCUCCGCCACCCUCUUGUCCUCCGCCACCCUCCUGUCCUCUACCAUCCUCUUGUCCUCCGCCAUCCUCUUGUCCUCCGCCAUCCUCUUGUCCUCCGCCAUCCUCUUGUCCUCCGCCAUCCUCUUGUCCUCUACCAUCCUCUUGUCCUCCGCCAUCCUCUUGUCCUCUGCCAUCCUCCUGUCCUCCGCCACCCUCCUGUCCUCCGCCAUCCUCCUGUCCUCCGCCACCCUCCUGUCCUCCGCCAUCCUCUUGUCCUCUGCCACCCUCCUGUCCUCCACCACCCUCUUGUCCUCCGCCACCCUCUUGUCCUCCGCCACCCUCCUGUCCUCCGCCACCCUCCUGUCCUCCGCCACCCUCCUGUCCUCCGCCAUCCUCUUGUCCUCCGCCACCCUCCUGUCCUCCACCACCCUCUUGUCCUCCGCCACCCUCUUGUCCUCCGCCACCCUCCUGUCCUCCGCCAUCCUCUUGUCCUCCGCCACCCUCCUGUCCACCGCCGCCACUUCCUGCUCCAUCCUGUCCUCUUCGGACUUUACCAGCUUCACCUCCCAGGGAGGAUCAUCCUCCAAGCUAUCCUCUUCAACCUCCCAGGAAAGAAAGCAAUCUGCCCGGCGGAUCCAGCAGGAAGUCCGGUAGCAGUUCAUCAACCCGACACACUGAAUCAGACAAGCGCAAGUCCAAGCACAGAGACGAAAAAUAUCAAAAACUACCUGAGCCAACAGAUAGGAGAUAUAGAAGUGUUUCAGAUCCCAACAAGGACAGUUCUGCCCCUGACAAAAACAGGUCUCACAAAGACACAGAAAGAAGAUAUGACUCCAGAUCAUGUAAAAGCAAGCCCAGAUCAGACCGGUCUAAAAGUCCUCCACCAGAGAAUGCAGUUCCCCCUGAUGACAAGAAAGGGAGCCGAAGUCGGGAACGUAGGCGCGAUGCAGUCAAAAUGUCCACAUCAGACUCUGACCAUAGCGUCACUCACAGCUCUAAAGAGGGCCACAGCCGAGAUCAUAGAAAAGUCAAGAUGAGUGAUGGACAUGUCCGACGUUCAGACUCAAAGGACCGGAAAAGAUCGUCUUCAUAUCAACAUGCUGAGCGCGGCAGGGAGUUCUCCAAAGAGAGGGGAGGGGACAGGCUUCCCAAGGAUUAUGAAAGGAAGGAGGACAGGCGACAUGAAGAUAAAGUCAGCAGAAAGCACAAGAGGAGCACAAGCAGGGAACGCGAGAAAGCGAGAUCAAAAGAAUCCGACCGGGGUAAAGUGGACAUCGGUAGUAAGGAAAGACGAGAAAAGACACACGUGGCCAUAAAUAGAUCAUCCGAAGAUCCAAAUAUCCCUGAGAAAAUCACUGUGGAGGAAAACAGUCCAAACAGGAAGCUGUGUUUCAUGGAGACAUUGAACCUGACCCUUUCGCCAAUUAAGAAGCCAGUGUUGCCCUUCGACGACAGCCAGGCUGACCUCACACCAGCGGACAUGGAAGUUGGAGACGAACCAGAAGAUGAGAGCUCGCAGCCCAACAUUGAGGACAUGUGUGUGAUCGAUGAAGUGAACAGCAGUGAAUUAGAAGCAGGGUCGGGGGAUUUGGCGGAAGAAUCCUCGCGCACUCCAAAAAGUUCCAAAAGGGCACGCGAGAGAUGCGAGGAUGUGAAAGCUGUCCAGCGAAAGGAAGGAAACACGAGUGCCGCUCCUGCUGCUAACGAGCAACUUGGAGACAAUUCAGCUCAAACUACCUCAGCCCGUAGCCAACGCCCAGACGCUGCGGAGAAUCGGAUGACCGUGCAACUCACACCAACCUCACCACCGGUCAGUUCUCUAAAAGCGACAGUUGUCUCAAGAAAUCGUGAGGCCAAGCUCGCCUCAGACAGCCAGGGAGAUGAUUGUGGACCCCUGGAGGCUUCAAAUGGUGACGCUGCCACGUCCGGAAGCGUUCAUAAACGCCACAUGGGCAAUUCUUCACAAAAAGUAAGUCCUGGAUAUAAUAAGGUUAUGUCUGUUUUUGUUGAAGACCCCAUUGUGCCUGAUCCAAGUGUGGAGCUGAAGUGUAGUACUCCUAAAGCCGCAGGACAGAAAAGCCUCCCCGCGGAUUCAGGCGAAGAAGAUUCACCCUUAAGGAAAACGCAUGCAGCUGAAGCCGUCGCUGACGAGGCCAACCGCGGAAGUGAGCAAAUUCCUCCCACUAUUCUACCUCAGGACUGCCGGCGCGGACCGUGUCCUCCUGCGUCCGUUUCCAGUCACAAGAAGGACGCCUCUCGCUUGCAAGGCGGUCUUAAAGACGCAGAGGCUGUAUCCAGUACAAUAAGCCUCGACUCCCUUCCACAGGAAGGGCUGAGUCUGCCUGAGGCCAUUUACGUUUUAACACGGGCAAAUGAAGACAGCAAUGACAGCAGUAGCAUCGCUGCCGAGCCGAGCUCUUCUACCGGCUGCAUCGGCGUGUCUAAAGUCAGCAGCACGACGGGGGAGCCGGCGGCGGCGGAGAAGUACGCCGGCCUCGCCUUCACGCCUAAAAAGAGCUUCAUUCCCCGAAAGAGUCGCCAGAACAACGUCGAGCCGUCCAGCUCGAUGCCGCUACUUCACGAUGAGGACUCCAUGAUGAACACGCUGAGCAAUCUGAAGAGGAUCCCCGAUGUCAUCAGCCCUCUGAGGAGCCCAAUACGGAUAACUAAAAGAAGUCAUCUCCAUCUUCAUGGCAAGCCAAGUCAUGUCAAGAGCCUUCAAAAAGAUUUCUCCAGCAGUCCUGUUGACGCCAACUCAAAGAAGUUGGAUGUAAACAAAGAAAACAAGUAUCCGGGUUCUCCUGCAAACCAUGACGCCCAAACCCCGGUGGACAAGGAGUCCGACCCGCCUUCGAGCCGCUCCGACAACGAUCUGGAGGACGGGGAGAUCUUAAGCGAAAGUGACGAGGCGGCCGGAGGUUCUCCUGUUCCUGCAACCAAGAGGGCGAAGUUAGCCCCACCCGUCGGAAACAAACCAAGUCCUAAGAAUUUGUUGAAGAGGAAGUCUGAAGCCAAGAGUGUCGCCAUUAAAGAAACGCCGGGCGUGUCAACGCGAAGCCCAAAGAGUCGCUUUAAAACAGUUUGUCCCGCGGCAAGCAAAGCCUCUUUUUCCAGCACAGAGGAAGUAAUGGGGACAUUCAAGGCCGUUCGUGCUGAGAUCCGGAAAAAGUACAUGAAGCUCCACAAAACCUUCCCCAAGAAGAGCUUCUACGGCGUGAUGGAGAAUUUCCAGGAGUCUUUUUUAGAGUUUGUUGAUGGCGCUCAUUUCGGCCAAAUAUGCGGUAAGGCAGAGGAGCUGAAGUCCAACCUGAAGAAACUGAUCGCAUCCGUGUUCGGCAACGUAUCGAACAACGGCAUCGUGAAACGCAUCUUUGAACAGCAAGCGGUCGACCUGAAGCAAAAGCUGUGGGACUUUGUAGAUGUCCAAUUGGACUACUUGUUUAAGCACAUUCACAUGACCCUGAAGAGCCUUUGCAAACCAGCAAGAGCUCAACCUGAGGACGACAGAACCAGUGGAAACGAGAAAGUGUCCCGACAGCCUCCCGCAAAAAGGCCUCAGUGUCAACAAGCGGAGGCAAAGUUGGCUUCGGCCAGCAUGCAUCGAACGCGCCCCGGUGCUGUCGUGCCGUACAAAACCGGCCUUGGAAGCAGAGGAAAAGACAUCCGAAUCCCACGUAUUGAAAGAGACAGAAGGGUUGACCCACGCCCCACGAGUAACCCAGAUACACAAACCGUGGCCGCCUUCCUCCCACCGAAAAACAUCCAUUCAACUCCAGAGAAAAAGAGCAACGUGCCGUCGUUGGUCGCCUCCCAGAAUGGCUCUUUGCUCGACAAAACCGACUUUGAGCUUCUCACGGAGCAGCAAGCCUCCAGUUUAACGUUCAACCUGGUGAGGGACACUCAAAUGGGGGAAAUCUUCAAGUGUCUCCUGCAAGGGUCCGACCUGCUCGAAACCGGCGGCAUCGCUGGGGACGGCACGGCCUGGGCCCUCGGUACGCCGAGGAAGGACGGGGAGAGGCUCAUCGGCAUCACCACGCCAACUAAGUUUGACUCUCCGUCCAAACUGCUGUCCCCAAUCAAAUUCGAUACGCCCUCAAAGCUCAUCGCGACGUGGGCCAGCAUCUCCCCCCGCAGGCUAGUGUCCCCGCGAUCCAGAGGCCGGAUCCAGCUGAAUCCGGCUUUAUUCGAUGAAAGCUGCAUGUUGGAGGUGCCGUCGGUGAGCCGGGCGUCACUGCAGUCGUGCUCGGCCGCACAGAGGACCUACUCCAUUCUCGCCGAAGACCUGGCCGUCUCCCUCACCAUUCCGUCGCCGCUCAAGUCCGACAGCCACCUCAGCUUCCUGCAGCCGUCGAGCAUGCGCCUCAUGUCCACCCCGGACAGCGUCAUCAGCGCUCACAUCAGCGAGGACGCUCUGCUGGACGGGGAGGACGCGUCGGAGCAGGACAUUCACCUGGCCCUCGACACCGACAACUCCAGCUGCUGCUCCAGCAGAAGCAGCAGGAGCAGCAGCAGCAGCAGCGAGGUGCUCGCCACGCCUUUCGUGUUCAAGCCCGAACUGCCCAUGCAGGCGCUGGUGAUGGAGAAGUCCAACGAUCACUUCAUCGUGAAGAUUCGGAAGGCGACCACCGGCGCAGACACCACGCUCACUGCGGACGACAGCUUAAAUGGGACACUAACGGAAGAAGGCCACGGAGGAGACGACGCGGGAGCCAAAGACGACGGCGGUCUGUUUUGGGGCGGUCAGGCUGUCGCCGACGCGGAUGUCACAUUAACAGAAGAGUCACUCCACGAAAAAGAUUCAUCAACUCGACAGCAUACCUCUGAGGAUUCACAGAAACGGACAAAUCCGCCCAAAGCUACGUCAGACAACCGGUUACACAACGGUUUUCAAAGCCCCGAUCAUUUCUCUGGCCGGGUGAGCCGGGCGGCCAGCAGAGAAGAGAUCGCAGUCACCGCCGGCGAGAACGCGAGGCGCAGAGAAGAUGCGACGACUCGACCAGGACCCUCGAAAGCUUUUUCGUCGAAGCGUCGGGAAAGGAUGAGUGGCUCCGAAAGCGCGUCGGAUAACAGUCCGCGUGGACCAGCCGGAGGCUUGGAAACAAAUCGGGGGAGCCAGGUGUCGCCGUCGCAUGCUUCGGGCUCUGAGGGGGAUGAAGCGGCGGGGAGAAGCGACAAAGGUAGAAAACUGAGGAGGCGCCAAGAGAACUCGAGAUCCAAGCGGUUCAGGAAGGAGGAGGAGGAGGACGCGGAGGAGGUGGUCGUGUCCGACUGCAAGAGAGACGGCGGUGAAUCCAAGUCCUCCCCGGCAUCGCUGUCCCCCAACAGUCUCUCUGCCAAGAACGUGGUCUGGAAGAAGGGCGAGGUGGUGGUGGCGUGGACCAGAGAUGAAGAUCGAGCCAUUCUCAUCGACCUGAAGAUCAAAGGUGCCUCGCGUGAGACUUUCUCUGGCUUGUCAGAGAAACUCAAUAAGCCAUCGGAGCAGAUCGCUUACCGGUUUAACCAGCUCAUGAAGCUUUUUAAGAAGCAGGAGAAGAUGGACCCGUGAUCCCGUUGACGGCGUUAUCGCAACAGUCCUUUUGUAUUGCAGCGUUCCCACGCACUCGCCGUGGCACGUUGGCUGCUGUUCAUGUGACGUGGUGCUGGGAGAAGUGAACGCAGCACGGGGGGGGGGGAUAUCACAGGAUCGAUCCCUGCGUAGGUCACUGUGCCGGUCAACAUCUUGAGCUCUGCAUCGUCCCAGCAAGACAAACGCGAGCAGACGUUUUAGCCCAGGGUGGUUUUUCAACCAAAAGUUGUAAAACUGUCCGUAUAAGUAUUUUGUUCUGGAUAGUGAACUGGACCGGUUGGAAAAGAACCCAAAGUUUAAAAUAUAUAUAUAUAUAUAUAUAUAUAUAUAUAUAUAUAUAUAUAUAUAUAUAUAUAUAUAUAUAUAUAUAUAUAAAUGAUUGAAAAGGUUCCUACAAUCAGCGGUAUAAGCAGUCAUCAGUUUUACCGUUUUUGAUGCACUUUGGGGUUUUUAGGAAUCUACACUGCAGUCACUCAGUGCAGCAUCUUAAGCCGCCUCCCUUCUCUGACUGCAGGUGUGAUUGACGCAUUGCAACAAUAGUAGUCUCGACUAAACAUGUGUUCUUCUCAAUACAGUUGGGGGACAAAACAACUGCCUUCGGACUAUGAUACUUCCAGGUUCAAGUGUACUCAAAUGUUACUAAAAGUAGUCGUGGGCGCUCCGUGGAAACCACUGGAAGCAUCACCCGUUAGGAGAGCUUGAGCUGUGGGACUGACACAGUUCUGGUAUGGAUCUUAUUUUAUUGGAUGUUUUUGUAUUUCUGGGGGGGGGGAGUGGAGUGCUUGAAAUAAUAAUAGGUUGUCCAAUUGAUGUACAGGACAGUACAUUCAUCUGUUACUACAAAUGAACAUUUUAUCUGUGGGCCUGAAUGGCUUUUUCUUUCAUUCACCCUAUCGCUUGUGAACAGAAUGGAAUGCAAUAGUGUGUGUUGUUCUUUACUGAAAAUAAAGUUUUAUUUAUUUA